AACAAAACAACAUUUGUAAUUUGUUACUAAACUCUUCGGUUUUGCGGCGGAAGGUACAUCUGCUGGUUCUGGAAUCGUGUUGACGUGUUGGUUAACAUUAGCUUCUGUUUAAAACAUGAAGCUAAAUGUUUCGUUCCCGGCAACGGGAUGUCAGAAGCUAUUCGAAGUUGUAGAUGAGCACAAAAUACGUAUAUUUUACGAGAAGCGUAUGGGUGCCGAAAUUGAGGCUGAUCCUCUAGGAAAUGAAUGGAAAGGCUAUGUUCUCAAAAUUACAGGCGGCAAUGACAAGCAAGGGUUCCCAAUGAAACAAGGAGUGCUAACAAACGGUCGUGUUAGGUUGUUACUGUCGAAGGGACACUCAUGUUACCGACCUCGUCGUACAGGUGAAAGGAAAAGAAAAUCUGUAAGAGGCUGUAUUGUUGAUGCCAAUCUAAGUGUUUUGGCACUAGUUAUUGUUCGGAAAGGUGAACAGGAAAUUCCUGGACUUACAGACACUACUAUACCACGUAGAUUAGGGCCCAAACGGGCAUCUCGUAUUCGUAAGCUAUUUAACUUAACUAAAGAGGAUGAUGUACGUCAAUAUGUUGUAAAACGUCCAUUGCCUCAAAAGGAUGGUAAAAAACCAAGGUUUAAGGCACCUAAAAUUCAAAGAUUAAUUACGCCCAGUGUAUUACAGAGAAAACGCCAUCGAUUGGCUCUUAAGAAGAAGCGUUGUCUGAGACGCAAGGAGCAAGCGGACAGCUAUGCCAAAUUAUUGGCCCAACGUAAAAAGGAAACUAAAGCAAAGAAGCUAGAAGCGAAACGUCGAAGAUCUGCAAGUUUAAGGGAGAGUAAGUCGAGCACUCAAAGUGCUACCAAGGAAACUAAGUGAAUAUUUAAUGUAUUUAUGUGGGUAAUUCAAUAAAGAUUGUUUUUACUCAAAU